GCAGCAUUGCAUGUUUUCAUAUCCAUCACUUUUCUUUCCACAAGCUAGUUCUUGUAACAGAUUACCAAAGUUUAGGGUUUAAUUAUUUAGUGAAAUGGGUUCCUUAGCACCUCCCAAGCUUCCUACUAUCAACUUCUCAGCCCAAGGCUUGAAGCCCGGAUCAAGUUCUUGGUUGUCCACCGCCAAACAAGUCCGGUACGCACUCGAAGAAUACGGCUCUUUCGUGGCACAGUAUGAUCAAAUUUCUCCAGAACUUCAAAACAACAUCUUUGGCCAGGCCGCAGAUCUGUUUGAGGUUCCCGUAGAAAACAAAGUAAAGAAUGUUGGUGAGCAACCGUAUCGUGGGUAUAUUGGUCCAAACCCCUUCAUGCCACUCUAUGAAAGCUUGUGCAUCGAUAAUGUGACAUCUCCCCAGGCAACUCACAAGUUCAAAAAUCUGAUGUGGCCUGCUGGAAAGAAAAACUUCUGUGAAACUACGGAUUCAUUUGGGCAGUUAUUAGGAGAUUUGGAACGAACAGUGGGACAAAUGUUAUUCGACAGCUUUGGUGUAGGAAACGAGUACGAGUGUGUCGCUAAUUGCAACAGUCACCUCCUUAGAUUCAUCAAAUAUAAGGUGCCGGAGGACACUGACACUACGUUAAGGUUUCCAAUGCAUACAGACAAUAGCUUCACAACCAUAGUUGUUCAGCACGAUGUUAGUGGGUUGGAGGUUAAAACAAAGGAAGGUGAUUGGAUUAAUAUUGAGUCUGUGCCUUCACAGUUCUUAUUCAUGGCAGCCGAUGGAUUGCAGAUGUGGAGCAAUGACAGAAUAAAAGCUUGCCAACACCGAGUGAAGCAUUGCGGAAACAAGACGAGAUAUUCUCUCGGUCUGUUUACAUUCAACAAUGGAGUCUUACAAGUACCAAAAGAACUAGUGGACGAUGAGCACCCACUGCUCUAUAAUCCAUGUGAUGGUCGUGGCUAUACACGAUUUCAUGCUUCGGCAGAGUCCAAGAAGGCAGCGUCUCGUAUCAAAGCUUAUUGCGGUAUCAAAGUUGAAAACUAGCCAAGACUUGAGGGCGGCAUGCAAGAACUCAAAUUUAUGAUUGUCCUAUGCGGUGUGCGCAUUCUAAACGUUUUUGUAACUUUAUUUUGACAGUAACAGUACGGAUAUAUGUUUGUUGAUUUUGAUAUGAAUGAAGAGGGACUGAAAAUAAAGAUAUAUAUUUUCUUUUGAUAUCAA